AUGUCUAUGGAAAACUUGAAGAACUUCUUCCAGAGGAAAUAUCCCAAUGAAACAGAAGAUGAAAUCAUGGUUAGGAUUUUGGAUCAUAUGAAGAACCAAUUCUUCUCUACUUUUCCAACAAAAGCAUCAAAAGAUGAAGAUUCAUCUAUGAAGACAAGCUCUUCCAUGGGAUCAAUGGAUUCCCAUAAUUUUGAUGGUUUAGCAGGAGUAGGUCAAGCAGAUGAACCUACUGUAGAAGAUUUCUGGGAUGCAAUGAUUUCAUCCAUGAAAGAUAUAAGAAAAGCAAAGAAUUAA